AUGGCGGCUGUAAACGGCCACACCAACGGCUACACCAACGGCUACUCCAACGGACACACCAACGGCUACUCCAACGGCCAUGUUGCCGGAGAAUUUACGAUCAAAGACCAUCCCGUCGAGAACCAGAGACCGCUGAAAGUGGUGGUUGUUGGAGCUGGGUUCUCGGGUAUCUUGGCCGCUAUCAGGAUACCAGAGAGGCUGCGAAACGUGGAGCUGGUCAUCUAUGAGAAGAACGAGCGGGUUGGUGGCGUGUGGUGGCUAAAUAAGUAUCCCGGUGUUGCUUGUGAUAUCCCGUCACACUCGUAUCAAUACUCGUUUGCCCCUAACCCCCACUGGAGUAAUCUCUAUGCCCCCGGGAGCGAAAUCCAGCAGUAUCUCGAAAGUGUUGCCGUGAGAUUUGGCGCCACGAGGUUCAUCAAGACAUCCCACAUGGUCGAGGGCUGUACAUGGGACGAUGCUGAGAAGAAAUGGAAAAUAAGAGUCCGAAAUCGUACGAACGGGGAAACCUUUGAGGAUGCAGCACAUGUCUUAGUGACAGCAAGGGGGCAGCUCAACGACAUAUCGUGGCCCAAAAUCCCCGGGCUAAACGACUUUCAGGGGAAAAUGAUGCACUCGGGAGACUGGGACACGACCUACGACUUCCGCAAUAAGACGAUCGGCAUAAUAGGAAACGGUUCCAGCGCCAUCCAGAUCAUCCCUAGCCUUCAAAAGGUCGAAGGCGCCUCCCUAAAGUGCUUCAUGCGCUCCCCGACCUGGAUCUCGUCAGCCUUUGGAGACGAUGGCAUGAUCGAGCUGGGGCUAGACCCUGCCAAUACAGCCUUCUCCGAGGAACAGCGCCACAAACUCGCCACGGACUCAGCCGAGUUAUUCAAACUCCGCAAGGUCUUCGAAUCGACCGGCAACCUUGUCCACGACAGCACCAUCCGUGGCACUGCCUUGCAGAAGGAGGGCCAAGCCGCCUUUCACAAGGCCAUGCACGACAAACUGCGCACGAGACCCGACCUGAUCAACCUUCUCAUCCCCUCCUUUGCUCCCGGCUGCCGCCGUCUCACGCCCGGCAAGGGCUUCCUCGAGUCCCUCCUGGAGCCCAACGUUGAGGUGAUCAGCGCCCCGAUCGAGCGCAUCACCCGGUCCGGCGUCGACGUGGCCGCAGCACAGUCGCAAAGCACAUCACCAUCCAUCGACGUGGACGUGCUCGUCUGCGCAACGGGCUACAACGUCUCAUCACCACCGCCCUUCCCCGUGCUCGGCCGGAACGGCCAACCCUUAACGGCGCGGUGGUCGGCGCGGGCCGAGUCGUACCUGUCGCUGGCCGUCGACGGGUUCCCCAAUUUCCUCAUGAUGUUUGGGCCCAACUCGGCCAUUGGCUUCGGCAGCCUGACCAAAAUCCUCGAGGCCGAGGCCGACUACAUCGUCGCCGCCAUCCGCAAGCUGCAGCGCGAGGACUACGACUCGAUGGAGCCCAAGGCGGCGCGCGUGCGUGACUUCACCGCUUAUGUCGACGCCUACUUUGAAAACACGGUCUACCAGGACAACUGCCGCAGCUGGUACCGCCGCGACGGCAAGAUCGUGGGGCUGUGGCCAGGCUCGACGCUGCAUGCCCUCGAAGCGCUGAGAUCCCCGAGGUGGGAGGAUUGGGAGUACGAGGGGGGCGAAAAGGAGGGGAAUGGAUUGAGUUGGCUGGGUAACGGAAGGAGCAUUACCCAGACCGAAGGCGAUCCGUCGUGGUAUAUCAAUCCCGAAGAGGUUGAGGUGCCGAUGGAAAAGACGCCCGAGGAGAACCCCAGAUACAAAGCGAGGCCGUGGUCGUAUUGA